AUGAUGGCACUAUUGAUGCUGCUACUUUCUCAAAUAGCUUGCCAUGCUCAUGUAUUCAGACAUUAUGUCCGUGAUCCACAACCUCCAGUUCAUAAGUAUCAUAAGCUUGGAGAUUUCAUCAUUGGUGCUGUUGUUUCUCUAACUUUUAUUGUUUCUGAUCCUCUGACUUUUGAUACAGAACCUCCACCAGUGGUAUAUCAGGAUCUUAGCAUCCUGACUAAGCAUUAUCAGCACAUUCUGGCUUUGGCAUUUGCGGUAAAGGAAAUAAAUAAAAAUUCCCAGUUGCUACCUAAUUUUUCCUUGGGUUUCCACAUCUAUGACAGCUAUUUCAAUGCAAAGAGAACAUAUCGUGCCACAACACAGCUGAUAUCUACAUCAGAUAGAUUCAUGCCCAAUUAUAAAUGUGGUAUCCAAAAUAACUUAAUAGCAGUCAUUGGAGGACUUGAUGCCCAAACUUCCCUUCAUAUGGCAAAUAUUUUGGAUAUCUAUAAAAUUCCACAGAUCAUUUAUGGAUCAGCUCCAGAGAUAAAUGAUAAAUCCCCAGGUCUCUCGUUCUACCAAAUGGCCCCUAACGAUGAUCUUCAGCAUGUUGGAAUCCUCUCUCUGCUUGUCUAUUUUUCAUGGACAUGGAUUGGGAUUCUUGCUAUGGAUGAUGACAGAGGAGAAAGAUUUGUGCGUGCUAUUAUUCCAGCAUUUUCCAAUCGAGGCAUCUGUUUUGCCUUCAUAGAAAUCUUCCCUAAAAUAAAUUACUCCGCUGAACAUGAAAAUCAAUUAAAUCAAGCAGCAAAAAUGUACGAAGUUGUCACAGCCAGCAAUGCCAAUAUAGUGGUGUUCUAUGGAGUAUCUUAUUCUGUUUUGUUUUUGUUAUGGUUUCCCCACAUUUCUGAAUUUGGAGUGCAAAAAUCAUAUAUGAAUCAAUUAAAAGGUAAAGUAUGGGUGAUGACCACUCAGAUGGAGCUCAGUGUUUUGAACUAUCAAAGAAAUUGGAAUUUAACAUUACUACAUGGUGCUCUGUCCUUUACAACUCACACCCAAGAACUUCAUGGGUUUCAAGAUUUCAUUCAGAGCCAGAAGCCAUUAAGUAACCAAGAGGAUGGCUUUUUGAUGGACUUCUGGCAACACGUCUUUAAUUGCGCAUUUCCAAAUAGAAUUCAGGAUCAAAUUGUAGGAGUCAUGUGUACAGGCAAGGAAAAGCUGCAGAAUGUUCCUGGCCCCUUUUUUGAAAUGAAUAUGAUUGGCCAUAGCUACAGUAUAUACAAUGCUGUCUACAGCGUGGCCUAUGCCUUACAUGCCAUGACUGCAUCAAAUCUCGGUCAAAAAGCAAGAAUGGAUCGAUCCAAAACGAUGCUCUCCUUGCAGCUUCAUCGUUUUCUCAGACGUGUCUCAUUUAACAACAGUGGUGGAGACUAUAUCUCCUUUGAUGAGAACAGGAGGUUAUUAGUUGGAAUGGACAUUAUCAACUGGAUUACUUCUUCAAAUCUAUCUUUUCAUAGAAAGAAAAUUGGGAGAAUGGCUCAUGAAACAUUUCUAGGAGAAAGAUUGACCAUCAGUAAAGAUGCCAUAGUAUGGCACAGCUGGUUUAACCAAGUCCAGCCAAUCUCGAUAUGUACUGAACAUUGCCAACCAGGUACUAGCAAGAAAGUGAAGGAAGGGGAGCCAUUCUGUUGCUAUGAUUGCAUUCCAUGUCCAGAUGGAAAGAUUUCAGAGAAGGAAGCUCUGGUGCUGGGAAUAUUCCUAAAGCAUCACAACAGUCCAAUUGUUGUAGCCAAUAAUCGAAACCUCACUUACACACUUCUGGUGUCCCUCCUGCUCUGCUUCUUCAGUGUGUUCUUGUUCCUUGGCCGUCCUAAGAAGGUGACCUGUCUUAUCCGACAGACUGCUUUUGGAAUCAUCUUCUCAGUGGUAGUUUCUUGUGUGCUGGCAAAGACUAUCACAGUAGUUUUGGCAUUCUUAGCCACCAAACCUGGAUCCAAGAUGAGAAGAUGGGUGGGGACAAGACUGACCAACUCAGUACUCUUUUUCUGCUCCCUGAUUCAGGCAUGCAUUUGUAUUUCAUGGAUGUGGACUUCUCCCCCUUUUGUAGAGACUGAUACUCAUUCAGUGAGUGAAGAAAUCAUACUGCAGUGCAAUGAAGGGUCGGUGAUUAUGUUUUAUUCUGUCCUGGGUUACCUGGGCUUUCUGGCUAUUAUCAGCUUCUCUGUGGCUUUUCUUGCCAGGAAGUUACCUGACACUUUCAAUGAAGCCAAAUUCAUCACAUUCAGUAUGUUGGUGUUUUGCAGUGUGUGGUUGUCUUUUGUUCCAACCUAUUUGAGCACCAAAGGGAAGUACAUGGUUGCUGUGGAGAUCUUCUCCAUCUUUGCUUCCAGUGCUGGUUUGCUGGGAUUUAUAUUUUUCCCCAAAAUGUAUAUUAUUCUCUUGAGGCCAGAGCUAAACAAGAGAGAACAACUAAUUAGAAGGAAGUGCUGA